AGCCAUGAAGAGCAGCAAACAGGGAAUGGUCACAAGCCAGGGAAAGCAGGCCAGCGUUUGAGUGCUCUGGCUGUUUCCUCUCCCGCAGCUGCCUAGCCCUUUCCUGUGCAGCCACCUCCCACCCUCAUCUUGCAGCCUGCCGGGACGACCUGCGGUUACCGAGCCUCCAGAAGAGAAGAUGCGGGACCACAGCAGGGAGCGCGCGGGGAAUAAUUCCCUAGUGCAGUCCGAGCGGGGGAGAAGCGAGAACCGGUGCGGGCCGGGAAGGGGCAUCUAGCUGCACUAUUGCUUUCUCAUUGCUGGUGCGCUCGGCAGUCAUGGCGCCUAAGAUGGAACAAAAUGUGGGUACAGAAGUCUAAGCUGCACAAGUUCUUUGGCUGGAGCUGGGAGCUGCCCAGGCUCCAAUCAGAGGGCCAUGGUCUCUCCGAGCACCACAGGGUGGCGGUUUUAAGCAGCAGGCCCCAUUUUGCAUGCUGUGCAUUUCAAUUACUCUGUCUUGCUCUAUUCGUGGCGGCACCACUUGUGGGUAGAGAAGCCCUCAGCGGCCUCCUAUAGGGCCACCAACGCAACCCGUGUCCAGCUCCACAGGAAGCUUCUCUGGUGGAGUGGGGUCUGAGUGCUGAGUCUCGGCUUUGUGCCUAGGUCUUCCCGGAGUCUUUUCCGGACGGCAUAGGAGCCCCGUUUACCUAAUCUACUACCCUCAUUCAGUCCUUUGUUCUGCGAGACGCCCCCGGCCCUGAGGGAGCCCAGGAAAUGGGCGGUGGGAGGGUCCGUGCUAGAACGCAAUCUCCUGGGCCUAGCCGCCAGCGCAUAUUUCUGAGGCCUUGGCUAGCUCUCCACCGUGCUACAGCUUCUCAGAAACAAAUGUAUCCCAAGCCUCUGCCAGUCCCUUCCCUCUGUUUCCGCAUUUUCUGUCUCUGUGUGAGAACUGGGUAUCCUUACUUUCUCAUCUCGGAAUUAAACUUAGGUCUGCAAAAUAUGAAUGUGUCUCCGCCCUGGCUGGGAAGCAAGAUUUGCUGGGCUCUUCUCGUUUUAUGUAAUUAAAGACCCACGAGGUUUCCAAAGCACCUCUACGGUUUCCAUAGUGCUCAGACCCCUCCUCCUCUCUUUUUUUUUCUCCUCCUCCCCGCUCUCCCCCCCCCCCCCCCGUGCGCGCCUGUGCGCGCCCUUGUUUGUAGUUAUUUUUCAUUUCUACACGGCUAACUCAGAAGAGGCUAGGGUCUUAUUUCCCACGGAUUCCUAUAUCUCCGGAAACACUGACAGCGUAUACAAUGAAGGAUAUUAUACUGGAGAGACCAUUAAUCCCCAAGAAAUGAGAAAUGGAGGAAAAACGGCAAAGCUGGGAGUCCUUGAAGAGGCCUUAGCAGGGAAAUAGGAUCUGCGGCCCGCUGCGGGGUCCUAGUCCCCUCGCUUCAGCACCGGAGGGGAUGGACAGCGUCUCCCAACAGGGAGGCAGCCUUGGGGGCCUAGCUGUGCUGCUGUUGGCUGCUUCUACUGCUGUUCUUGAGGCCACUAUCAUGGACAAGAGCUGUUGGCAGCUAAAAGGCGAUGCCGCCGGUUCCCUUCCUUGAUGGAUGAAACUCAGCCAUCUUCAUUCUUCUGUCAUUCAUAGAAAUCCGGCCUCACGGACUUAAACUCUGGGCAGCAACUUCAGAAAUAAUUUUAUGUACGGCACUGGAAGGAAUGCAGGCAAAAGAGUGGAGUUGAAUUUUUCAGAAACACCAAGGAACCAUGAGCACUGCAGUAGGAAUUGAAAUUCUCAAAGACCCACAGUUCUUUAAUUAACAACUUCCCUGACUGGAUUGCAGCUGUUGUGGAGAUAGUUUUUUUAGCGGUUGGAGAUCCUAAACCCCAACAUUGGAGAAGCUGAAAAGACUUCAUUCCCUCUACUCAGCAGGGCCACCAAGUGUAGCCAGAACUGUAGACUUAUCAACAGAAACCUCAAGCCUCCUCUGUCAACCUUGACUCUCUAGAAGGAAGGAAAAAGACCAAAUCAUCUUUAUAUCAGUUUGCAAUGCUUGAUGGAAAGUUGGUUGUAUGUUUAUGAUGAGCAGAUAGACCAAAAGGAGGCUACUGAAUACUUCCCAGAGCCAAACUUCCACCAAAAGUACUGGAAGCCCAGACCAGAGCAGUCACAGUCUUGAGCAGGAGAUUCCUUGCAAGAUUGUAGAAACAGAUCUCUCUGGACUGAACUGCUAAUUCUUCAGAAAGUUAUACUUGAGUACUGUAAAGAUUCUCAGCUGUCUGUCUGAAUUAUCACUAAUUGCUCAUCUAUGAAGACUCCUUGGUCCACUACAGCUGGGCCAAUGUCCCUGAAACUUCUGGUCAUGAAGCUGGCCUCAACCAGGGCAUGUCCUAGUCAGCAAUACAGCUUUAGGUAAUCGGAUAAACUGGGUCACAAAAGAGAAGAACAAAAACAACAACAAUGAAAAAUCCCCUGAUUUUCCACAAUGGAAUUGCUAUGAAAGGAUCAAAAAAUUAUAGGAUGUUUCUGAAGAUACACUGAGUGUGAUUACAAUCUGAUAAGCCAAAACAAGGAGCCACCAGGGAUGCACCGGAGGUUUCUGGUAACAUUCCUAGAGAAUUUUAGGUUGAACAUUGGAACAGGAGAAAGGCAUUAAGCAAAUACCACAUACUUUACAGUACCACAGCACAUGGAUUUCAGAACUACGUGUGAGGAGACGAAGACAGGGGUUUGCUUGCUUCAAGAUGGUAAUCAGGAACCCUUUAAAGUCCGGCUGCAUCUUGCCAGAGACCUGCUGAUGCUACAGGAGCAAGAUGUGCUUUGUGUGUCUGGUGAGCCUUUCUAUUCUGGGGAAAGAACGGUGACGAUCAGAAGGCAGACAGUAGGAGGAUUUGGAUUAAGCAUAAAGGGAGGUGCAGAACAUAGCAUUCCAGUUGUCAUUUCUAAAAUCUCCAAGGAACAAAGAGCAGAGCUGUCAGGACUGCUUUUCAUCGGAGAUGCAAUUCUACAGAUAAAUGGAAUUAAUGUGAGGAAAUGCAGACAUGAAGAAGUGGUUCAGGUUCUUCGGAAUGCUGGGGAGGAAGUUACCCUGACAGUGUCAUUUUUAAAAAGAGCACCUGCUUUCCUCAAACUCCCACUGAAUGAAGAUUGUGCAUGUGCUCCAAGUGACCAAAGCAGUGGUACCUCUUCUCCUCUUUGUGACAGUGGCUUGCACCUCAACUACCAUCCAAACAACACAGACACGCUUUCUUGCUCAUCAUGGCCCACAUCUCCAGGACUACGGUGGGAGAAGAGGUGGUGUGACCUCAGGCUCAUUCCCCUACUGCAUGCUCGCUUUUCCCAGUACCUGCCUGGAACUGACCUGAGUCGUCCAAAUGCUUUCCAAGUUGUUGCUGUGGAUGGAGUCUGCAGUGGAAUUAUUCAAUGCCUUUCUGCUGAAGACUGCAUAGAUUGGCUCCAAGCAAUAGCAGCUAACAUUUCAAACCUCACAAAGCACAAUAUCAAAAAAAUCAACAGAAAUUUCCCUGUAAACCAGCAGAUAGUCUACAUGGGCUGGUGUGAAGUACGGGAGCAGGAAAUCCUCCAGGACCGUGUGUAUACACCUGUCUUUCUUGCCUUGAGGGGCUCAUGUCUUUACAGGUUCCCAUCACCUCCAGUGACCACCUGGGAUUGGACACGAGCAGAGAAAACUUUCUCCAUAUGUGAGAUCAUGUGCAAGGUUCUCAAGGAACCGCUAAAGAGGCCUUCACCCCAAGACAGUGACUUGCUGGAUCAGCGGAAACAUUGCUUUACUCUGCAGUCUGAAUGUGGAGAGGAUCUAUACUUCUCUGUGGAGUUAGAAAGUGACCUUGCCCAAUGGGAACGAGCCUUCCAAACAGCCACCUUCUUAGAAGUGGAGCGGAUACAGUGCAAGACCUAUGCAUGUGUGCUAGAGAGUCACCUAAUGGGCCUCACUAUUGACUUCAGCACAGGCUUUAUCUGCUAUGAUGCAGCAACAAAGGCUGUACUAUGGAGGUAUAAAUUUUCUCAACUUAAAGGCUCCUCAGAUGAUGGCAAAAGCAAAAUCAAAUUUUUGUUUCAGAAUCCAGAUACUAAACAAAUUGAAGCAAAGGAGUUGGAAUUUUCAAAUUUAUUUGCUGUUCUUCACUGUAUUCAUUCAUUUUUUGCUGCCAAAGUAGCUUGUUUGGACCCUCUAUUUUUAGGCAAUCAGGCUGCUACUGCUGCUGCUGCUGCUGCUGCCAGCUCUGCUUCUACGAGCAAAGCAAAGCAUGUGGCUUGACAUGCUGAGUUCUACCUUAGAGUCCUCAGGGUCACUCCUCACUUCCACCCUGGGGAGACCACACUUUCACCAAGUCAACAAUGAAGUAAGACUGCAACUCCAUCAGAAGGAAGGCCAGGAAGUAUCUGCAGCAUAUCUUACCCUGUCAGGCACCUGCAAAUAAUGCUGGAUAGGCAGAACAGCCUAUUCUUUCUCCUCUGAUCUUUAUCUUAUCAGGACAUAGAUGACCCUAUGUAUAGUGACAAAUGAUUGGUGUAAAGUAUGUAAAUAACAUAAAAGUUGUAAGCUACCUAUAAAUAAAAAUGCCAGUUAAAUGGUUAUUUCUCUAUUUUAGAUUAUUUUGUAUGACAAAUACAUAGUGGGCCAAAAACAUGAACUAAUGCCCUAUCAUUGUGUUAAGAGUAUAAAGAAGUUUACAAAAAGAUGAAAGCAAGGCAAGUAGCAUGCAAAAAAAAAAAUAGUAAUAAUGAAGUUAAGACAUCAAAAACAGAAGUACCUUAACUUUCCCAACCUAUGGUUCCACAUGAGCAUUCCAGUUGUGUUUACCUGAUUUUAAAUGUUAUGCAUAACAAAAAAGACAAUUAAAUUUGCCUGUAAUAACACACUAGGAAAUGAAACACUUUUUCUUGGGUGAAUGUUACUAAAAUGUUUUAUAUUAGCAAAUGGUACUAGUCAUGAAUGGUCAAAAUACUCAUGACUCUCCUGUUCUUCAUUUAAACAUAUUUAUUCUUAGUUUUGGCUUAAUGAGAUUUAUGAACAAAUUAGGCUUUCAUAAAUUUAAGUGACCCAAAGCUCUGGCAAAGAAAAUCAUAUCAACAAAUGCCGUGUAAGAAAUAAGACUUUGUAAUCCUUUUCCAUUUAAUCAAAAUUGAAAAGUUCCUGAAAAGUAGCCACAGACCUUUUGAGAGCUGGGGAUGUUUUCAUUUGAGUGUAUUUAUGAGUAAAUUAAGUGAGAUUUAAAAACAAAAUUCCAAAUACAUGUCAUAGAAUGUGAUGGAGAGUGAUCAAGUGGUUUCAAAUGAUUAGGCCACUGCAGCUAGCUUGUGUUAGCAUUAGAAAAGUGAAAGGACAGAAAUUUGCAGUGUGGAGGUAUAUAAUCUCAGCUGAGAGUCAGAUCUUGCUAGUUAUACAAAGCAGAAAGCAUUCUCUGGUCCUCAUCUAAAGCUCUCUAGAUGUCUGCUUUUAAACAACUGGCUACUUAUUGAAAGGUAAAUAUACAGUACAUUUUUAUUUGUUCACAUUACAAUUGAACAUUUUUCUAUCCCUUUUUAAAUGACCAAGUUUCUAUUCAGUAGUUCAAUAUUAUUUCAUUAAAUAGAAGAAAAUUCCACAUAAGACUUGAGAGGAAAACAAAAGUAUUUGUUUAGGGGAACAUAUGUCCAUGAAAGUAAAGUCAACAAAUAGUAAGUAAUUUUCAUAACCAUUAGAAAUAUUAAUUCAUUUUGCAUCAGGUCAAGUGAAAUCUCAUAAUGAGAUAAAAAAAAAAAAAAAAA